AUGGGUGUUUGGUUAUUCAUAUUUGCUGUUAUAGCUAACUGUGUGAACUUGUUUGCUCAAGUUCACUUCACAAUCUUAUACGCUGAUUUGGAAGCUGAUUAUAUCAAUCCAAUCGAGUUGUGUUCUAAGGUAAACAAAUUAAUUCUUCCUGAAGCGGCUCUUCAUGGAUUUAUUUCAUUAUUAUUCCUAUUGAAUGGAUACUGGUUUGUAUUCUUAUUGAACUUAGGAAUUCUAGCAUACAACGGUAAUAAGUUCUACAAGAAGCAGCAAUUAUUAGAUGCCACUGAAAUUUUCAGGACUCUAGGUAAGCACAAGAGGGAAUCGUUCAUCAAGUUGGCAUUCUACUUGUUCCUAUUUUUCUUCUAUUUGUACAGAAUGAUCAUGUCUUUGAUUGCUGCCUCCGAGUAA